UGUUUUGUCCAUCCUUGUUGGCUUCUUGUUCCUCCCCAUCUCUUGUUCUCUCCUUUCCUAUCAUUCUCAGUCUCCCAUGGCCAUGAUGUCACGUGUUGAACUGAAACCUUCGUCUUUGCUGUGACUCUACUGUUUGACUUGUCCUUGGAAGCUGUUUGCCUGGAAAUUGUUUAUGACAAUUGACGGGAGUUUAGCUUGUCUGGUGAAUGGACUUGAGAAGAAUGGCGUCUGCAAACAGAUCUCAGCAGUCAAAGUUUCCACAAGGGUAUCUCUACCAUCUGAUCUUUAAUGAGCUUCAGACCCAGUUGGGAAAUGUGGGCAAACCUUUAAGUAGUAUGUAUUUGGAUGAGUUACUGAAACAUGUGAUAUCUGCUGAAAAGGGCCAGUACUUCAUGCAAAACCCUGCUGCUUCUUCCUCCUCUUCUUCUUCAUCACCCGCUUCCUUGUUUCUUGGGAAUUUCAAUUUGAAUGGGGUUCUGGAUAAGAAAACAGUUGAAGAGGUCUGGGAGGAAAUCCUUCAUCACCAGCAUCUCAGUGGUGCAGAUAAUGGACCAAUCCAGCACCUUUCGACACUGGGCGAAACAACUCUUGAGGAGUUUCUAGUGCGCGCAGGUGUGAUUAGUUUAGGGAAUCAGAAUGGUAGUACUGCAAACGCUCAGCCAUUCAUGACGAUGGAUCCAAUGGCAGUGGUGCCUCAACAGCCAGCUGAUUGGUUUCAGCUUCCGGUGGAAGCUGCUCAGCAGCAGCAACCAGGAGUGUUGGACUCAAGUUUCCAUGUUUCUGAAUCAGUUUUCGAGGGUCCAGCCAUUGAGAUUGGUUACUCUAAGAACCAAAUGGCUAUGUCAACGGCAGUACCGGCAGUGACAACAUCAUCUCCAAACUCCCCGGUUGCUGUUGAAAGGAAGCGCUGGUUUUCAGAUGAGAUGAUGAAGACCAUUGAGAGGAGGCAGAAGAGGAUGAUCAAGAACCGUGAGUCGGCUGCUAGGUCAAGGGCAAGGAAGCAGGCUUAUACCAAUCACUUGGAGCAUGAAGUCCAUCAGUUGAAGAAAGAGAACGACUUGCUCAUAAGGCUAAAGGAAUUGCAGAUGCGGUGGUCUUUGAAUCCAACACCGGGGCCCAAAUACCAACUGCGGCGUACCAGCUCGUGUCUGUUCUAGCGCUUGCUUCUCAUUUUGCAUAUAAACUUUUGCUCCAUUUUUGAGUUUUUCCUUCCAUGUCUUCAAGUAUGUCUUCUUCAAGGUUGGACAGAACUGUAAAUUUGCCACCCUUAUAUUCUUUUCAGAAAAGUAAAGAAAUAAGAAUAAUAAUAAUAAUAAUAAUAACAUUUUUGCCAAAUUCAGGCAAUGAUUGCUUGUCCAUAUCCUAGUGGCAGCGUGCAUCAUCGGUGAUUGCCUAGACACAGGUUCAAUAAGAUGUUUGAUAUGUGGACUGUUAAAGGGUUCUUGGGCUUGGGUAACCAAGAAACUCGCCCAGAAGGUUAUGGGCCUGAUCCAACAUUGGUAUCAUGAAUGUAAGAAUCUCACAGGCCCAUAUAGAUAUGGGUGCAGCAUUAAACUUUGAGCAACCAAAGUGAAACAGAGGAGAGUGGGACUCUGGGAGGGAGGGGGAGAAGCACCUAACAACAGUAGAAACAGAAUACAUAUGCGAAAAGGGGGG